AUGUCGCUUAUUCAAGCACUGUCGCUUAAAAACCCUUCAACACCAACCAUCAGUCAAGGUGACUUUUCAGAUAUCAGAAAACAAUCCUUCCUCGAAGAUGAUGAUGGUGAGGGGUCAACAUCGACUACCAAUACAGACACUGUAAGUCAAAAUGUGUCAGUUCAAGAGUUUUUCUUCAAUAACCCAAAGAGGCUUACUUCCGACGAAAUCGGAGAAAUUGAGGAGGCAGUGAAGAACUCACUUGCUCAUAACAGUUCAGCCCCUAAAUUCAUCAAACCAAAGUCUAGGAUCAGCACCCUCAAGUCCAGUGUUUCGGUUUCGGUGUCCGAAAAGCCGGUUCUCAAAGCCCCAGAAGUGUUUCAGUCUUCUUUGAAGGUUAACAGAGGUAACAUUUCACGUCGGCGUUCGAGUUCCCACCUUCAUAAAGCCACUGAAACUGAAAACAAGAAGUUACCCUUAGAGCCCCAGAAUGCUUUCCAUGAUGAUGAGGGCAAGGUGACACCGUUUGGUGGGUUUUCUAAGCCAGAUUAUCAUGAUCUGUUUGUGAAAGAUAACGUCUUUGCUUCGGCUCCAUGGAGAGUUGUUGACUUUGAUAAAGGUAAUGGAAGUUUGAGAAACGCGGUCCGUCUUGCUAGAAAAGCUGACCCAAAUCAAUCUUUUGAGUGGAUUGGAAUCUUACCAAUGCCUUCGGAUGUGGUGCCUGAAGAUACUCGCCAAAAAAUCGCAGAGGAGCUUGAAGCCAAUUACCACUCUUCUGCUGCGUAUGUUGACGAUGAAACAUUUGACGGACACUACAAUAGUUUCUCAAAGCAGAUAUUGUGGCCUAUCUUCCAUUAUCAGAUUCCUGAUAAUCCAAAAAAUAACGCUUUUGAGAACCACUCCUGGACGCAUUAUGAGAAGCUUAAUCAAGCGGUCGCUAAUAAGAUUGUUUCCAAGUACAAGGAAGGCGAUAUUGUUUGGGUCAAUGAUUAUCACUUGAUGCUUGUUCCGAAAAUGGUGAGAGAAAAACUACCGAACGCAAAGAUUGGUUUCUUCUUGCAUGUAUCCUUCCCGUCGAGUGAAGUCUUCAGAUGUCUUGCACAGAGAAACAACAUUCUAGAGGGUUUACUCGGAGCAGACUGUAUCACAUUCCAAACAAAAGAGUAUGUGAGACACUUUUAUCAGACUUGCAACCGUUUGCUGUUAGCUGACUUCGAUGAGCAGGGAAUUCGCUACAAAGAUAGAGAUAUUGGUGUCACUCAUAACCCAAUUGGUAUCGAUGCAUCUUCACUCAAUAAGAGGUUACAAAGUGAUAAGUGCUUGAAUUGGAGACAGCUUGUGAGAGAAAGAUGGCCAAACAAGAAACUAAUUUUGAGCAGAGACAAGAUUGAUAAAAUUCGUGGUAUCAAAGAGAAGCUUUUGGCUUAUGAAAGAUUUUUGAAUGACAACCCAGAUUAUCUCGACAGCACGAUUUUGAUCCUGAUCUAUACCAAAGGUAGAGCUGAGAAGGAUGAUGACUAUGAGAAUACAAUUUUCAACAUUGUUGAGAGAAUCAAUUCCAAGGCCAAUAACAUUUCGGCGGAUCAACCUGUCAUUUUGUUGCACCAAGAUAUCGAAUUUGAACAAUAUUUGGCGUUACUCUCAGAGGCAGAUAUGUUUAUCGUUUCCACUUUGAGGGAAGGAAUGAAUCUUACUUCUCAUGAAUUUGUGGUGGCCGCGCAAGAGACACACUCUCCGUUAAUCAUGAGCGAGUUCGUUGGCUCUGUUGGAGUUUUCACUAAUGGGCCUUUGAUUACUAACCCUUACAACAUCAAACAAGUGGCGGAAAAGAUCAAGUAUGGCUUGGAGAUGUCUCCUGAGGAGAAGUUAGAAAGGUGGAAAUCAAUGUAUUCCAUAAUCCUCGCCCACGACUCACAGGAGUGGACUAAAAACUGUAUCAAGGAUAUCGAGCAUGCAUUUAUCAGUCAUCAAAAUGAGUCUCCAUCAGAACUCACCGUGUUAACUCCAGAGAUGUUCACUCAAAGAUAUAAUGAUUUGCCAAGUUCUGAUAGCAAGAGAUUGUUUGUGAUCAAUGUUGGAAAUCUGGCUUCCAAGGUCUCUAUUCCCGGCUCCACCAUCAACCCGGUUCAGCAUCAGUACAUCGAUUCCACUCUAUACAAUCUUGCUCAUGAUCCUCAAAAUGUGGUGUACGUUCUCAGUUAUUUGAAGCGAUCUGAUCUACUGCGAAAGCACCGCAGAAUAACUGAAAUCGGUCUCAUUGCGGAAAAUGGUGGGUACAUAAAGCUACCAAAUAGCAGCGACUGGUUUACUGUGAUCGACGAAAAUGAGCUUUCGUGGAUGCCUACCGUCAUUGAAGUGAUGAACUCAUUCUGCGAAAGAUUACCGGGUUCUUAUGUUGAGGUCGAGGAAUGUACUGUCAGAUUCCAUACCGAGAGCUGUGCAGACAUUGACAAAGAUCAUCGGGAUAAAUUAAUUGGGGAGCUUAUUACACAUGUGAACGAGCUAUAUUCGAAAGAUUUCAAUCUUCACGCGAAUCUCGUCAACGGAAUAGUUAUUGUACAGGAAGCAAACUUGGUGAUCCGUGCCUUGUCUUUCAUUAUGAAUCAGAACUCUUUUGAUGGCCACAUUGAAAAAGUUCCAUCAUCUUCAUUGACAAGUCCUAUGAUUCAGCCUGCCGAUAUUUCAAUGAGCAGCAUUCUUGAAGAACCCCAGUUUAAAGACAAUCUUGGCUUUAUCAUGGCAGCGGGCGGAAACACCCCUGCAGAUGAAGAAAUGUUUAACUAUUUCAACAAUCUGGACUUCAAAGUGGAAAAUACAUUAACUGUCAGGGUUGGCCAGGACACUUCAAACUCCAAAGCCGAACAGAAGCUGAAGGGUGUAAAUGAACUUUUCAAAACUCUAUCUCAGGUCAGCACCACCAGUAUAUAA